UGUGUGUGUGUGUGUGUGUGUGUGUGUGUGUCUGUAGGUCAGUCAUGCAGUCCUGCAGUUCUGCUCUCUGUAUCCUGAUCUUACUGACCUCUACAUUCACUACUGUGUCUGAAUCAGCUGUUGGUCCAGUGAAGGUGAAGCUUCAUGACUCUGCUACUCUGCCCUGCUCUGAGAGAUGCUCUGGUUUGGUCAGAUGGACUGUGUUCCAUAAACCCACUGAUGUUCUGGCUGAGUGUGAUCAGACUUCAUGUAGAUCAAAGGAGGGAUAUCAGAUGAUCCAUGAUCAGUACCUGAAGGGGAAUCUCUCUCUCACCAUCACUGAGGCUGAUUUCAGUAAGAGAGGCUGGUACACGAGUGACUGUGAUGGUAAAGACAUCUGUGAUGUUCAGCUACAGAUUGAACCUUUGAACACUACAGUUCAGAUAGAGCCUGGUGAAUCUCUGGUGCUGAAGUUGGACAUUUCAGAUCCAGUGGCGGUGAUUUAUAACAGCACAGUUGCAGCUGGACCAUCCAGUGGUCAGAUCUGUAAGGUGGAUGGAGGUGACCAGUCAGUUCUGGACACAGAUGAAGGAGCUGCUGUACCAGAGUGGGUGAUUGUACUGAGUGUGAUGGGGGCUGCACUCGUAGCUGUGAUUAUGGUAUCAGUGGUGGUGAUUGUGCGGCUGAGGAGAGAAAAUCAGCUUCUACAAGCGGAAGAUACAAAUGCUGAGCAGAGCUGGAUGUGGAAGGAUGAAUACCAGCAGGGAUUGAAAAUUGGAGCACUGGGAUUUGGGAUUGGAGCGCUGGUUCUCGCGCUCCACACUCCACCAGUAGGUGGCGGUAAAGCACCUUACGGUCCUGCAGAGCGUCAUUCAGACAGAAGUUUCAGUUUCCCGCCCAAACCGUGA